AAAACAGUCAAAAUGGAAUUAUCAAGCAUUGAUAGUCAAAGUAUUUCAAGCGAGAGUUCAACUGGAUCCGUUCACAUGGCAUCUAGCCAGAGGCUAGAUGUCUCUAUGAUUGGGUCCCAGCUCCUCACUCAGAAAUAUUACUGGAAACCAAGUAAGACUCAUAUCAUGAGCAUGCAGUUUGAUAGUGAGAGCAAGUUCUUAGCCACAGGCGCUCUCAAUGGAGGAAUCAGUAUUUACAACUUGUACUACGGCCAUGUUGAUGCAACAAUUGAAGCUCCAGACGAGUCUGAAGAGAUUCUCCCAGAUGGGGAAGUCAAGUAUCCUGUCACUUGCCUCAAGUGGAAACCUCAUUUUGGAGGCUACAGGAGUCACAGUAAUGUUCUUGCAGCUAGCUAUGGAAAUAAUGUUGUAAAAAUUUGGGAUACUAACAGUACAUCAGACCCUUUAACUAAAAUUAUCGAGGAGGGUAAUACCGGAGUAUACUCAGUAGACUACAAUCUUUCCGGAGGAGUCUUAGCCACUGGUGGAGCUGAUGCUACACUUCGUCUGUACGAUACCUCAGAUUACAGGCUGAUUCAAGAGUACAGCCCUGGAUAUGGAGGAAAAGUAGAUCACUUUAAUAGAAUUCACUGUGUGAAGUACAAUCCUGAGGAUGAACACAUUAUCUACAGCUGUGGUGCUGAUAAGAAAGUCUCUAUCCAUGAUACCAGAAUGAAAGACCCUAUCGCUUCUAUCUUAGGUCCUUAUGUCAUUGGGGAUGCUCUUGAUAUCCAGAGUACCAAACUACUCACUGGAUCUUACAGAUCUGAGGACUGUCUGGAAGUAUGGGACAUCAGAAAUUACAAGAAAGUAGAUACCUAUGAAUGGGAGCCAGACUCAGAAAAACCUUCUGGGCAAGUAAUAGCAGCUAAAUUCAUGAAAGGUUCCACUUACGGAAUAAUAGCAGCAGGAAGGUCUGAGAAAAAUGUUAAAAUUUUUGAUCGAAAAAAUGGAGAUGUUCUGGCAAAAAUUCAUGGAUUUGAAGAGAUGAAUUAUAGCAUGGACCUUAGUCAUGAGGGUAACCUUGUGAGCAUUGGAAAUAAGAACGGGUCUGUAUUCUUAUACGAGUACGAGUAAUUAUAUCAUACCUUAUUAACUAAUAAUUUUAC